AUGAGCAAUUCCUCUCAGCUGACUCAAAAUGUUUGUCUCACCCAGAAGAUGGAGCUCCCAAAGGCCUUUUCUGACCAAUGGACAUGCCUAUCUGCCUUCCUCAACAUGCUAUCACUCAGCCUUUCCACAGCAUCCCUGCUCAGCAACUACUGGUUUGUGGGCAUACAGAAGGUGCCCAAGCCCCUGUGCGGGAAAGGUCUGCCAGCCAAGUGCUUUGAUGUGCCGGUGCCCUUGGAUGGGAGCAGCACAAAUGUAUCAUCUCUGGAGGUGGUGCAAUACAGCUGGGAGACUGGGGAUGACCGCUGCACCUUUCAUGCCUUCCGGAGUGGCAUGUGGCUCUCCUAUGAGGAAAUCGUGGAAGACCCAGCACUGCUCCAACUCCAGUUCCGGAAACAGUUUAGAACCCUGCAGCCCAGUGGUACAGCAGGAGCAAAAGGGGAGAGGUGCCGAAGUUUCCUUGAACUCACACCACCGACCGAGAGAGAGAUCCUACGGUUAUCACUGGGAGUCCGAUUCGCCUACAUCAGACUUGAACUCAUCAGCUUCCUCCUCCUACUGAUGGACUUGCUAUUCACGGGGAACCCCGGCUGUGGCCUCAAGCUGAGCACCUUCGCCGCCAUCUUCUCCGUCUUGUCAGGCCUUCUGGGGAUGGUGGGCCAUAUGAUGUAUUCACAAGUCUUCCAAGCAACCAACUUGGGUCCAGGACACUGGAGGCCCCCUGCUUGGAAUUAUGGCCGGGCCUUUUACACGGCCUGGGUUUCCUUCACCUGCUGCAUGGCGUCAGCCGUCACCACCUUCAACACAUACACCCGGCUGCUGCUGGAGUUCAAGUGCAGCACAGUAAGCUUCAGAGGAACCCCGCCGAGCUGCCUACUGCAUCACCACCUAUGUUUCCUUCAGGAGCUGGCGUACAGCCCACCUGAGGGGCCUUUGACCAGCUACCCCCAGUACCACCAUCAGCCCGUCCGCUCCGUCUCCGGAGGAGUGGACUUCUCCUCAGAGCUACACACAAGGAAUUUCAACACGGGACCAGCUGGGAGCCUCAGGGAGGCGGCCGGGUCAUCUGUAGGGGAAGAACAGUGUUAG